CCUCUCCUCUCAUGUGGAGAUGGACAGGGAUGGCAGGAGCAUUGAGUGCUCUUGGCAACACCAUUGAAGAUGAUGCUGACGAUCGGCUACCCUGUAGAGAAGGCAGGCCAGGCUGGGUAUGAGGGGAGCUCCUUGGAAGUCAGGAGAUCUGUAGGGACAGCAAGGAUCUCUUUGUCCCAACCUCCAGCAGCCUGUCUGGGUGCUUCUGUGUUGACCUUGUUUCUGGGAUGGCCAUCUCAGUGCUGUUGCGGGCUAGCAAUUUCGGAAAACUGGAUUUGUCUAGGCCUGAGCCCUUUGAGAAAGAAGCUUCCCUCUGGUGUGUAGCCCGACAUUAAUGAGUUUUGGUUCCUGUUGUUUCUAUAAUUACAAAACUCCAGCACAGGUAUUUAAGAGCCAAAGGCCAUGCUUGUGGAAGUAAGGGAGAAUCUUUCUAAAUGGAUCCUGAGAAUCCUCCUUACAGAUCUGAGUGGAUGAUCAGGCCCAGAGCAACCCUGAGACCCCAGGUUCCCACAGCAUUGGCUGUUCUUCAUAGGAGACUUCACAGGAGACCCAUUAUUAUUUACUGGACAUCAGGUGCUAUAUUGUAUAGCAUUCACAUUCCACAGGUGAGGACAGGCUCAGAGGAAUAAGUGGCAUGCCAAGAUCAUUGAACAUAUCAGUAGCAGAAUUAGGAUUCAGACUUUGAUGGGUCUAACUCCGAAGCCCUGGCUUUUUUUUUUUCUUUUUUUUUUUUGGAGACAGAAUCUCACUCU